AUUCUUCAGUCAAAAGGGAGAAGAGGUUCACGAUUUCCUUUUCUUGUUUUGCACGGACAGUAGUAGAUACACAAACAUACCUGCAACAUUUGUUUUAUUCAGAGGCAGAAACAGAGAGAUUCGGUGUUGGAUCUUGCCGGUGAAUCGCCAAUCUCAUUUCUGAAGCAUUCACGAGCUCUUCAUUGUAGAUACGCUUCUCAGUUCUCUGAACCAAAAAGCCCACAUCUUUCACUUAGUUUGUAACUCAAUCUGUGUGUUCCAAGACUUGAACUCGCGCAAUUGUACUGGGUUUAUGUGCUUUUGAACCGAUGAAACAUUGGCGUGUUGAUUGAUGAUUUCUGGUUAACCGGAGCUCCGAUUUAGAAAAAGAGAAAUAAAAUGUUCAAGUCGGCGAGAUGGAAAAGCGAAAAGAACAAGAUAAAAGGUGUAUUCAAGUUGCAGUUUCAUGCAACACAGUUGACACAAUUAGAAGGAGAUUCGUUGAUGAUAUCCGUGGUUCCUGCUGAUGUUGGAAAAGCAACCUCAAGAUUAGAGAAAUCCAAAGUUCAAGAUGGAAAUUGUUAUUGGGAAAAACCACUUUAUGAAACGGUUAAAUUCUCUCAUGAUACAAAAACCGGAAAGAUUCAUGAGAAAAUCUAUUACUUUAUUGUGGCAAAGGAUUCUUCAAGAUUUGGUGGUGUUGGAGAGGUUUCAAUUGAUUUUGCAACUAUUUUGCAUGUAUCAGUUCAAAGGGUGCAGGGAUCUUUCGAUAGGGAAAUUGAUAGAAGUGAGAGUGCAAACAACCAUGAUCAAAGCUUGAUGAGACGCUUUAGCAAUGGUAGUUUUGAAGGAAGCAUUAGAAGUAAUCCUACUGAAGAUCAAAUGGCAUCCAAUGAAUCAGAUAUCAAUUUUUCAAGAUCCAGUAGCAAUUCCACACUCAAUACCCCACAAAAACAGGAACCUAAAAAGAUAAAACCGACUCGUGAAUCAUCAAUAAAAGAAGAUAAAUCAUUGCAAUGGGAUUGGUUAAAUGGUUCUAAUCCCAAAUUAAGUACAGAUGAUUCUUCAACAAGUACAUUAGGAGAAACUUCAGAAGAAAGUUCUUCAGAUGUCAUCAGUCAAAAGCUCAAGGCUGAAGUUGUAGCUUUGACUAGACAAAAUGAUGUUUCUGAGCUAGAAUUACAGACACUUCGUAAACAAAUCAUGAAGGAAAUCAAAAAGGGCAAUGAACUUUCACGGGAAGUAGCUCAACUUAAAGAAGAAAGAAAUGUCUAUCAGAAUCGCACAGAAGAAGUCAAAGUCAAAGUCAAAGAUGAUCCAUGGGCCCUUCUUGAUGAACUACAGAAAGAAUUAAACCGUGAGAAAGAUUUAACCUCCAAUCUCCAGUUACAACUUCAAAAAAUGGAAGAAUCAAACAAGUUGGUUCUUCCUUUAGAAAAGUCAAAGUCAAAGUCAAAAUCUGAGACAGAUGAUGAAGAUGAUGAUGAGGCGCAAAGGGUGUUGGAAGAGAUUGUUAAAGACCAUAGUGGCAUUAAAGAAACGUAUUUACUAGAACAAAAGAUUAUAGAUCUUUAUGGUGAAAUUGAGUUGUAUAAAAGAGAUAAAGAUGAACUUGAAAUGCAAAUGGAGCAAAUAGCACUAGAUUAUGAAAUCUUGAAGCAAGAAAACCAUGACAUAUCUUAUAAACUUGAAAGAAGUCAACUUGAAGAACAACUCAAGAUUCAAUACGAGUGUACGCCUUACUCAAGUGUAAACGAACUCGAAUCAAAAAUCGAAAGCUUGGAAAAUGAACUCAAAUCAAAAUCAAAAGAGUUAUCAAACUCAAAUCUUGUGAUUAAAGAUCUUGAAACCCAUGUCAAGAAUCUUGAGGAAGAGUUAGUGAAUCAAGAACACAGGUUUGAUGGUAAUCUUGAAGAACUUACACGUGGGAAGAUUGAAAAUGAGAAAAGGGCGAUUCGGGCAGAGGAAAAUUUGAGAAAAAUGAGAUUGCAAAACGUUAAUUUGGCUUCAAGACUUCAAGAGGAACUUAGAAGGCUGUCACAAAAAAUGGCUUCUGCAUUUGAAGUAAAUGAGAAAGCAGCCAUGAAAGCUAUGGAGGAAGCUGAUAAAUUAAGGGUAGAGAAACGGGUUCUUGAAGAUAUGUUUGUGAAAGUGAAAAUAGAUUUAUGGAAUUUUUGUGAUUGUUUUGAAGAAAAAAUUAUUGGCUUUUUGGAGGAAAUGAGUCUAAAGUUGAAACAGUUGGAGAAGAUGAAGGACCAGAUUGAAAAUAUGAAUGGGAUUUUGAGGGUAAAUGGAAAGAUGCAGAAUCUUGAAGUCUUGUGCAGAAAACUGAGAAAUCGCAGUGACAAUGCCAUUUAAACAUCAAGAAAGUUUUGACAAAUUAUUGAAGAAAAUGGUGUCUUUAAAGAGUUUAAAGUACAGAAACAGGUUGCAGUUGGAAGAAGAUCAUCACAUGUAAAUAUUUUUAAGGUUUUAGGUGUCUGUACAUAAUAAUUUUACUAUGAUAAUAUUAUGUGAAUGAUCUUUAUGAUUUUGUUUAGUUUUUCAUCGAGU